AUGGCAUCUAAUACGGAUUGGGAGGAUGUGCUAGAUUGCAUUACCCCUUCAAUUACCGAUGAGAAAAAUAUGGAAUUGCUAAUGCCUAUUUCAAAGAAGGAAGUAAAAGAUGCACUAUUCCAAAUGAAUCCAGAUAAGUCUCCAGGUCCUGAUGGUAUGACUCCUGAGUUUUAUCAAAAUUUUUGGAGUAUUGUGGGUAGUGAUGCUAUGCAGCAGGUGAUUGCAAACAGGUUGAAGCUAGUGCUGGGCCAUGUGAUUUCAGACACUCAAAGUGCUUUUAUACCUAGGAGGUUGAUUUCUGAUAACUUCAUGGUCUCUUUUGAAGUCAUGCAUUAUCUCAAGCAGAAAAGAAAGGGUAAGAAGGGAUACAUGGACCUUAAAUUAGAUAUGAGUAAGGCCUGUGAUCGUAUUGAGUGGGCUUAUCUUCGUGCAAUUUUGGGGAAGAUGGGAUUCACAAGAAGAUGGGUGGAUAUGGUCUUAUCAUGUGUGGCUACAGGAUUCUCUACUCUCAUUAACAAAUAUGAGAGACGGGGUCGUUUAAAAUGGUGUAAGGUGGCUAGAGGGGCCCCUGUGGUUUCUCAGAUGUUAUUUGCUGAUGAUAGUUAUCUUUAUUGUCAAGCUACCGAGGGAGAAGUGAGAAAUGUGUUGGAGUUGCUUGAUAGUUGUGAAAAGGCUUCGGGUCAGAAGAUAAAUUUGGACAAGUCUUCUGUGUUUUUCAGUACAAAUUCAUAUCAGAACUCUAAGAAUCAGAUUUGUUCAGUAUUGGGCAUAGCGGAGGUGGAAGUUGGUAGUACUUAUCUAGGGUUGCCUAAUAUGAUGGGAAGGAACAAAUCAACAAUACUUGGUUUUCUAAAAGAUCGAAUUCAGAAGUGA